AUGGCCGAUAAUUACGUGGGGUGCACAACAACCGCUACUCGCCAAAAUAGACCAAAGCUUUUCAUGCGAUACCACUUCCAGCUGAUCAAGUUGGCGCGUAUGCCUUCAAACACCGAGACAACUAUUGCGUGCAUGCCGAUGGGCGCGACCAACACUUCCCUCACUCGAUGGGAACCAUAUUACGACAGCCACCGUUCAAUGAGUUUAUAUGAUCCUGUCAAGAUGACAUAUUCAUCUCUGUCGACAACCACAGCGAACUACAGCAACGUUUUAAAACCAGUGAACGACUACUAA